UCGUACGAAAUCUUUGACGGAAACUGUUGAUACGGAGUCUACUAAUGAACCACUGAUAGCGGACCGAUGGACAAACAACAUCACGUACCGCCAACUGGUGAUGUCAUCUUGCAUAGGCAUCGUACAACUGUGGUGGCACCCGUACGUGCAUGAUUUCCGAAGGCAUCUGCCUUUCCUGUUUCUGUACAACGUGUUUAGUGUUUUCUUCGUCUACCCUACAUUUUAUUUGGAGUUGGCUUUAGGGGUGGUUACGAAAAAGGGCGUGCUGAAUUGUUGGGAUAUGGCACCCAUGGCUAGAGGUGUUGGUCUAGCAAUGAUAGUUUCGUGCGCAUUCCUGGCAUUAUCGCUGGGAACCGUGAGUGCCUGGUGCCUCUCAAUGGUGGUGCACUGCUUCCACUCCUUCCUGCCGUGGCUGCACUGCGCCGCGGCGGCGAACCCGCCCUGUGCGGCGAGGCACCGGCCCUUGACAAACGGCAGCGAAACACCUCCGCAAUCCUUCUUUUUCAACUUCGUGCUGAAUCUCAAACGGGACGGUUUAAGUGGUGGGUUGGGUAAUGUGGUGCCCGAUCUGACGGUGUAUUACGUUAUAUCCUGGGCAUUGGUGUAUUUCAUCGCUUGCAAACGGAUAUAUAGCUAUUCAAAGUUGGUGCUAUUUAAAGACGUGUUGGCGUUUUGCGUGUUGGUGUCUAGUGCUUUCGGCGUGACACGUUUACAAGGCGCAUCUGGAAUAUUCUACGAGUGCGAUUGGAGUGUUUUGUUUGAGGGUAUACAGAUAUGGCGCGAAGCUCUAGAAUACGCGGUGAUACAAAUGGCGGCGUCACAAGGUACACUGAUAAUGCUCGGGUCAUACUGUCCGAAGCAGAAGCAGGUGCUCGCGAAUACAUCAAUGUUCGCGUUCGCCGUGUCUAAAAUCAGCAGCACCGCAAGCGCUCUUAUACUGGGAGCGGCGCACGGAGCUUUGUAUAAGGACUACGAAAAUAGCACUAACAUUUGGAAGGGAUCGUCGUCAUCAAUGGUACUGUGGGCAGAUUACGCAGCAAGGAUACCUGGCAGUCAAGUUUGGUCUGCACUCAUAUUUUUUACACUUUUCGUGCUUUCUGUUUCUUCCACGGCUUUGCUUGUACAAACGAUCAUGUCAACAUUCACCGGUCGUUCAAUACGGAAAAUAGUUUGGGCGUUUCUCGUACUGAUCUGUGUGCUAUUCUGUUUUAUUGGUAUCAUGACUUUGUGCACACAGGGUGGUAUGUACAUUCUGAACUUCCUCAUGACUUGGCCAGUCUCCAAGACCAGAAGUCCCAUAGCGGCGGCAGAAGCCAUUGUCGUCACCUACCUAUACGGGCAGACUACUUUCUGUGAAGACGUCUACUUCGCAGUGGGGGAAUACCCCUGCAUGUUCCUGAGGAUCUGCUGGGCCUUAACACCUGUUGUGCUUUUGCUGACUUUUCUCUCUGGAAUGGCGUCUUGGGCACAGACUGAAGAUAUUGCCGGCUGGGCAUUAGUAAUGCUAGUUUUGCUGCCGAUGGCUUUAUUUUCGCUUCUCUACCUGAUCUUCAAAUUCAGAGUGCGGAAUAUCGUGGGGACGGAGAAAUAAUUCUAC